AUGGAGGUUCGAGAAGGCCGUUUGAACAAAGCGACGCGGUUGUGCUACGAGAAAAGGUACAGCGAAUUCGUCCAGUCCAUCCCGCCGAUGACCACGUUGGUCUUGGCGUUGAUCAAGUAUGGGAACGUGAUGUCUAAAAUGGAAACGAUCAACAAUUAUCAGACGAUAAUUCGUGUUCUCCAGGUGAAGAGCAUUCUCUUGUCGAUCAAGAAGGACAAUGAGCGGUACCGGGACCUGCCCGAGUCUCGAAUCCUGGAUACAUACAAUAUGCAGGGAAGACUUUUCAUUCAAAUUCUUGGAGGGUAUCUGUUUGUCGCAACGCUGAUAUUCCUGUCGCUUCCCACGCCCAACAUUAUAAAGGACGGUAGGAACCUCCGGAACGUAUCCGAGCCGAGAACGUUAUACCCAGUGGACUACAACGUCGACCACGUAAAGUAUUACGUUCCGAUUACCGUGCACGCUUACUUGGUAUCCUGCCUGGUGGUAUACAUGAUCGUGGCGAUGGAGUCGUUGUUUAUCGUAGUCAUCCAACACUCCUGCAUUCUAUUCACUGUCGCGGGGUAUAAGCUGAAAACAUCGCACAUUUUGAACGAAAGUAUCCCGUAUCGAGGUGACGAGUGGACAUCUGUGAACGUCCAGGAUUUCUCAGCGGAAGAGCAGCAGCGCGUCUUCCGGAAUAUUCUGCGUUCCAUCAUGGAGCACAACAAGGCCCUCGAGAUGCAGUGCCUAUGGUACACGUUUUUCGCCAAGAGUAAGGUCGUUUAUCGGUUCUUGAUUAUGAACAUUGCCACGCCCCGCCAACUGGUCGCCAUGAAGCUGGUGGUCUUGAACAUGCAAACCUUCCAAACGGUGGCACGUUUGUCAGCCUCGUACUUCACGGUAUUGUCAUCGACGUUAUGA